AAUCAACUAAACAACAAUCAGAUGAGGCUUAAUUGAGAUCAAUCGGUGUGGAAUCGUGUUUGCGUCACCAUUCAUGUAACACAGUUAGGAAUUAACUGAUACACCAGAAUCAUCUUUCUUUUUUCUUUCCAUUAUUUACCUCAUCAUCUUCAUCAUCUUCAUCCUCAUCUUCAUCUUCAUCAUCUUGUCAAACCUGUUUAGUUACAAUAAUAAACAACCCAAAUCAAAGUCUCGACAACAUUUCACUUACUAUUAUUGUAACUUUUUGAUAUUUUUAAACAUAAUCAACAUUUUGUUUUGUAUUUUUGUUAUUCCACCACCAUUGCCAUCGCCAUCGCCAUCUUGCCAAUCAACAAUUAAUUUCAACAAUUGGUUAAAUUGUUAAUUCUCUUGAUUGUGAUUCUCUUCAAUUUUUUUUCCAAUAUUUUCCAUUUAUAUUUCAAAUCGAUUGUUUCUCAAAAUUUCAUGUUCGGAUUGACGUUUGCAACGUAACCCUUUUCGUGUCUUUAUUGUUCACUCACCUGAGCCAAUAUACGGAUUAUUAAAUUAUGCUCUAAAUUUAGCCGAUCAUUAGUUACCAUCGUUACAUCAAUUUAUCCCUACAAUUUGGUUCAUCUUUAUCAUCGGCUCACCAUUUAAUCAGCUAUUUAGAUCAUCAUGUCCGCCGUUUUAUCAAAAUUACGGGAAUUCAGUGACACUCACGCGAUUCCUCAUCAUCAAUUCACUCGAGUCGCUUCUGGAUUAGUGUUCGCUUUGUAUUUUUACAAAUUCGGUACUCCAGUGGUCGUUAAGAUAAUCUCGUCGUGUCAGGAUAAGGCCACUUCGAUCCAGGAAAAGAUCACCGGACUCGAUAGUUUCAAUGAUAAAGGAGAGCCCGUUAAAGAUCAAGAUUUACUUAAUUCAAUUAGCACUCGAUCGGCCAGUAAAUCAAAUUGCAAUUCAUCUAAGCCCACAGAGGAUUAUACUAAUUUUGGCAUUCGCGAUGGUACAAUUAUGGACUUUGUUAUCGACACAAUUGUUAAAAGUUUAAGACAGUUUCAAACUCUAACUGGAUUUAAUGUUACAUUUAUCAUACAAUUAGUUAAAUUAAUUCGUAUCAUGGUUCCCGGUAUAAGAACCGUUGAAGUGGCCUUACUUUUACUUCACACAAUGUCUCUGGUCUCCCGAAUUUUGUCUAUUUUUGUGGCCAAUUUGGAAGGUCAAGUGGUCAAGUACAUCGUUCGUCGGGAUGUUGUCAAUUUCGCAUCAAUGUUGACCAAAUGGCUUUUAAUCGCUGUCCCCGCGACAUUUAUCAAUAGUUCAAUUCGUUUUCUGGAAAAUCAACUUGCUCUCGCUUUUCGUACUCGUUUAGUUCGUUAUGGUUAUGAAUUGUACUUUAAGAAUCAAACAUAUUACGCUGUCUCUAAUUUGGAUGGUCGACUCGAAAAUCCAGAUCACUGUUUAACCGACGAUAUAAUUAGUUUCAGUCAACAUUGUGCUCACCUUUACUCGAGUGUCACCAAACCGUUACUUGACCUAUUCCUGAUAACUUAUACUCUGCUUAAAAUGUCACGACAAAUGGGCUCAUAUGGUCGAUAUGGAGGUUAUGGUCAGUUAAUGAAUGCAGUGGCCAUCAUAUCAACCCACGGAAUAUUAAGGUGGAUCUCACCUAAAUUUGGGUCUCUUGUGUCGGAGGAAGCCCGGAGAAAAGGUUUCCUCCGUUCGGUCCAUGCAAGAGUGAUUUCCAAUGCCGAAGAGAUCGCUUUUUAUGGUGGACAUCAGAUCGAGCUGAAUGUUGUCCAAAGAGCUUACAAAGCUUUAGCCCAGCAAAUGAAUGUGAUAUAUAAUCAAAGACUUUGGUACAUUAUGUUUGAACAAUUUUUGAUGAAAUACGUUUGGAGUGCCCUUGGAAUGGUCAACAUUGCGAUACCUGUGAUGACCGGAAAGGGAAGCUCAUAUAGUCAAGAGAAUGGUGUUCAAUCAACCUCAGAGAGCACAAGUUAUGAUAUUCAAGAGGAUAUUAGUGAGAGAACCCAAUAUAUGACCACAGCGAAAAAUAUUCUAAUCGCCGGCGGUGAUGCCGCUGAAAGAUUAAUGUCUUCAUAUAAAGAACUAAUUGAGUUAACUGGAUAUACCAAACGUGUGGCCAGAAUGUUUACCGUUUUCGAAGAGGUCAGUCAGGGGAAGUAUAAAAAGGCCGGAACUGAAUCGUCAAAGAGACGAGGGGCUCUUCCUCCGGACGUUUGUUUCACCGCCGAGGGAAUUUUAGCUCAAAAAGGACAAGUGAUCGUUGUCGAAGAUUUUAUCGAACUCGUUGAUGUACCUGUCAUCACUCCGAAUUACGAUGUUAUUGUUCCCAAAUUGUCAUUCAAGAUGACUCGAGAUAUGCAUCUAUUGAUUACUGGACCAAAUGGAUGUGGUAAAAGUUCAUUAUUCCGUAUACUUGCCGGUCUUUGGCCAAUAUUUGGUGGUAAAUUGUAUCGACCCUCGACCAAGGAAAUGUUUUAUAUUCCUCAGCGUCCAUACAUGUCACUUGGUACUCUUCGUGAUCAGGUCAUUUAUCCCGAUUGCGCUCAAGAAAUGUUACAAAAAGGGAUCACUGAUUUAGAUUUAGAAAAGAUUUUAAAUCAAGUUCAUCUCGAUUACUUAAUACGAAAAGAUGAAGGUUGGGAUCGAAGAGCAGAUUGGAAAGAUACUCUAUCUGGUGGGGAGAAACAACGAAUCGGAGUCGCAAGAUUAUUUUAUCACAGACCCAAAUUUGCUCUGUUAGACGAAUGUACCAGCGCUGUUUCCAUUGACGUCGAAAGUAAAAUGUACCAAUUAACUAAAGAUUACGGAAUUAAUUUAAUCACAAUUACCCAUCGACCUUCACUCUGGAAAUUUCAUACUCAUCUAUUGCAAUUUGACGGACUUGGUGGAUGGCGAUUAGAACCAUUGGACACCAAUACUCGAUUGUCUUUACGAGAUGAGAAACAAAAGCUCGAAGAGCAACUGGACGGUGUCCCUAAAAUUCAACGGCGAUUAGUUGAACUUUGCUCGAUUCUUGGUGAAAAUUCUGAUGUUCUAACUCGAGAUAAAAGUACCACUUCAGGUUCAACCGAUGAGGAGGGAAGAUCUGAAUCACCUAAAUCCGAUGAGAUGAACGAUCUAUCUGAUUUUCAAUCACAGAAUGAAAGUGAUUGAAUUGAUGAACGAAACUUGAUUAGAAUCAAGAUCAAUGAGAAGACAAUUAAAGUUCGAGGUGAACAUGUUAAUCUUUGCUUGGAUAAAAUUGAAGCUCAUUACCAAAAAAUGAUCACAAAAGAUUUGGACUCUAAUUAAUCCGAUUGAUGUUGCAAUGAUUGUUGUCACCAAAACAAUUAGCAACAAUUAACCAGCAAUUACUGUGAUACAAGAAAAAUAGGAUUUUACUUUUUCUCAACUUAUACUUUCCAAUUAUAUAAUCAGUAGAUCAACAAUUAAGCAACUUGAUGAGAUCCGAAAAAUUUAAAUCAACAAUUUUUUUCCAUGUUGAUAUAUUCUGAUUGUGAUUGAUUGUAACAAUUUAUUUUCUCCAGAUUCUUUUUUUUUAAUUUUAAAUCAAACAAACAAUUUAAAAUCAUCAAUUGUUUUUAUAUAUAAAUAUGAAACAACCAAAUGACCUAAUCCUUUCAAGAUAAUCCCAAUUUUAUAUUAUAUUUCCUACCUCUUUGUAAUUAAAAUCAAAUUAAACAAUUUUCGCGGUAAAAAUGACCAAAAAUUAUGUAAUCAACUGAUUGUAGAGUAGUAAUUAAAUCAACAUCAAGAGUAAA